AUGUCUAAGCCUCUUUAUGCCACUGUCAAGUCCGUCUUGAGCGGCGAUACGUUGGUCCUUGCGAAUCCUCAAAACCCAGCAGCUGAACGGGUUCUUUCUCUCGCCUAUGUCAGCGCCCCUCGGCUCAGCAAGGAUGGCGACGAGCCGUUUGCAUUCCAAUCCCGAGAGUUCCUGAGAAAUCUCACCGUGGGAAAGCCCAUCCAGUUUACCGUCCUGUACACGGUACCGACCUCGCAACGCGAGUACGGAACCGCAAAACUUCAGGAUGGCACCGAAUUCCCCGAUGAGCUGAUCAAGGGCGGCUGGGUCAAGGUCCGCGAAGAUGCCGGGAGGAAGGAAGACAACGAAGACCUCCUGCAGCGACUUGACCAGCUUCGCGAACUUGAGACAAAGGCCAAGAACGAAGGCAAGGGGCUUUGGGCCGGUACCGGUGGUGUAAUCGAGGUCCAGAACGACCUGGGUCACCCGCAGUUCCUGGACGAGUGGAAGGGCAAGUCCGUUGAUGGCGUGGUCGAGCGCGUGUUCAGCGGCGAUCGUCUUCUGGUUCGCAUUCUGCUCUCGGACAAGAAGCACCUGCAAAUCAUGACUCUUGUUGCUGGUAUUCGGACUCCAUCUACGGCCAGGACAAUUGUCUCUACGGGUCAGACGCAGCCAUCCGAAGAAUUUGGCGAUGAGGCAAAGGCAUUCGUCGAGAGGAGACUGCUUCAGCGGUCCGUGAAGGUCGAGAUUGUGGGAGCAAGCCCCCAGGGACAACUGGUAGCCACGAUCCUGCACCCCAAUGGAAACAUUGCCGAAUUCCUCCUCGCCGAAGGUCUUGCUCGGUGCAAUGACUUCCACGUCACCCUGCUUGGUGACAGAAUGCCCUCGCUGCGCGCUGCGGAGAAGAAGGCCCAGUCGGCGAACCUCAGGCUGCACAAACACCACGUUGCCAAGGAAGCAGCAAAGGAAUCCGAGAUGACUGUCUCAAAGAUCAUCAGCGCCGACACCAUCAUUGUGAGGAACAAGAACGGCGAGGAGAAGCGUAUCAACCUGAGUAGCGUCCGUGGCCCACGCACAAACGAGUCAUCGGAGGCUCCCUUCCGGGAUGAGGCGAAGGAAUUCCUGCGGAAGAAGCUCAUUGGCAAGCACAUCAAAGUUGCGGUUGACGGGUCCAAGCCGGCUUCCGAUGGAUAUGAAGCCCGAGAGGUUGCGACCGUGACCCAGAACGGCAAGAACGUCGGCCUCCAGCUCGUACAAGAGGGUUGGGUCUCGGUCAUCCGACACCGCAAGGACGACACCGACCGGGCCUCCAACUACGAUGAGCUGCUGGCGGCACAGGAGAAGGCCAAGGAGGAGAAGAAGGGUAUGUGGACUGGCAAGCCACCCAAGUCGAAGGUUCUGGUCGACGCUUCUGAAAGCCUGCAGAGAGCAAAGAUGAACCUGGGCUCUCUUCAACGUCAGAAGAAGAUCCCCGCAGUGGUCGACUUCUGCAAGUCUGGAUCCCGAUUCACUGUGCUUAUCCCCCGUGAGGGCGUCAAACUCACGCUGGUCCUGGGCGGAAUCCGCGCGCCACGUGCCGGUCGUUCGCCCGAAGAGAAGGGCGAGCCGUUCGGUAACGAGGCUCUGGAUCUUGCCAACAAGAGGUGCAACCAGCGAGAUGUCGAGGUGGAUAUCCACGACACGGACAAGAUCGGAGGCUUCAUCGGUGACCUGUAUGUCGGCCGGGAGAGCUUUGCCAAGCUACUCGUCGAGGAGGGCUUCGCCUCCGUGCACCAGUACUCGGCAGAGAAGUCAGGCAACGCGACAGAGUUGAACGCAGCAGAGCGAAAGGCAAAGGAGGGACGUAAGGGAAUCUGGCACGACUGGGACCCAUCCCAGGAGGAGCAGGAGGAGGAAGCUGCGCCUGUGGAGACCGCGGCGGCUGAUGCUCCCGUCAACAUCAAGCGAGAGUACCGGGACAUUGUCAUUACCAACAUCGACCAGAACGGCAAGAUCAAGAUCCAGGAAGUUGGCAAGGGCACUGCGGCACUUGAGCAGAUGAUGUCCGCAUUCAGGAAGUUCCACCUUGAUUCCAAAAACAACGUGGGCCUGAAGGACACGCCCAAGGCCGGAGAUAUCGUCUCGGCUAAGUUCUCCGAGGAUGGGCAGUGGUACCGGGCACGCAUACGAUCCAACGACCGGGCCAACAAGGUUGCAGAGGUCGUGUACAUUGACUACGGAAACACGGAGAAGCACCCCUGGGCGAAGCUGCGGCCGCUCAGCCAGGCCGAGUUCGGCACGCAGAAAGUGCGGGCUCAGGCCAUCGACGCGUCGCUGUCCCUGGUGCAACUGCCCACGGCCCCAGAGUACCUCAACGACACGAUCGGCUUCAUUGGAGAGGUGACGGAGGGCAAGACUAUGGUGGCCUCCUUCGAUUUCGUCGACCAGAAGGAGGGUGUGAGCUACAUCACCAUCUACGAGUCCAGUGGAUCGCCCAAGCCGCACGAGUAUAAGAAAGCUGAGACGGCGGCCAAGAACGAUCGCCUGGGGAUCUGGGAGUACGGCGAUCUCACUGAGGACUAG